UGAUGUUUUCUAAGUGAACAGCGGAGCUAGCUAACUAGCCAGGUUAGGCUUCAGGCUGUGGUGGAAGAAGGGAGGUGCAAUGGAUGGAUGCUUCGCCCCGCUACGUUUCACGUAUUUGUCGUAGUUUGAACAGAAUGCGUCCUCUGCGGUUGAUCGGUGUAUUUCUCGUUCGACUCCGCGGUGUUGCGGGGGGCUGCUAACUCUCAGCGCAGUGUUAAUACAUGAGCCGGGAGUGUCGGCGUCUGGUUAUAGUUUGAAGAUUAACGCUAGCCGGGGCUGUGGACGCGGCUACACGCACAGCUAGCUCCUCCUCGCUGUCUACCAUCGCAUUCGUGUGUCCGCUGCCUCAGGAAUGUUCUCCAAAAAGCCUCAUGGCGACGUUAAAAAAUCAACACAGAAAGUGUUGGACCCGAAGAAGGACGUGUUGACGAGGCUCAAACAUCUGAGGAUUGUCAUCGAAAAUGCAGAGCCUGCAGAGCUGAAACAGUUCUUUGACCUGAACUACUCCCAUAUCUACUAUGUCUUCUUCGAAAACUUUGUUACCAUCGAGGUCAGCCUCAAGCAAAAAGGUCAUAAGUCUCAGAGGGAGGAGCUGGACUCAAUCCUCUUCAUCUUUGAGAAAAUUCUCCAACUCCUUCCAGAGAGAAUCCAGAGCCGAUGGCAGUUCCACAGCAUCGGGCUGAUUCUCAAGAAGCUGUUACACACAGGGAACUCUUUAAAGAUCCGCCGUGAAGGAGUGCGUCUGUUCCUGUUGUGGAUGCAGGCGUUACAGAGUAAUGCAGAGCGGGAGCAGCUCUGCAUGUUUGCCUGUUUGAUUCCUGGCUUCCCAGCCCCACUCUGCCAUGGGACACCACGUACCCUGGACACUCUGAUCAACCCCCCACUGAGUUUGACAGAGACUCAAGUGACCCCAGAAGAGAUCACUCCAUUGGUUCCUCCCCAGUCAGGCGACAAGAACCAGGAAGACCUCACUGCGUACUUCCUAGAAGCCCUAUUGAAAUACAUGGUAAACCAGGCCAAGUCUCUAGAGUGGCGUUGUAAAGAGAACCAUGAACGUGGCUUCAGCUUCCUCUUUGGUCACUUCAGGAAGUUUUACCUUCCUCACAUCUUUCCCAACUUUGCAAUGGAAACCAGCCUCUACAACCCCAUUAUGGACGUGCCUCCGAUGCGUCCUAAGCCUUACUACAGUGUGGUUCGCAGGGAGCAAGACGGUGGUGAGACCCUUUACUGCACCAAGGAGAGUUUCCUUCAGGCCAGAGUCAUCUUCAUACGCUGGCUGGUUUCCUUUUGGCUGGAGCCACGACCCAACACACAAACACACAUCCCAGGAAUGGAGGGAGAGAGCAUCCCCAAGAACAUACAGCGAGCAGCAGCCGGCCUGGCAGCUCGCUCUGCCGGCAGCUCAGAUGACAGCAGCGGAGGCGUAAGUCGCUCAGACAGCCACCUUGAAAGCAGCGGGGGUUCCUCUGGGCCAGGAGGAGGCAGCAUGGGGCUAUCUGGGGGGUCGGGGCUGGGUGGUGAGCCCGAGCAGAGCCACUCCAACACGUCUACCUUGACUGAGAGGGAACCCAGCUCCUCCUCGCUCUGCUCCAUGGAUGAGGAGCAGCUGACGGACAUGGAGGUUGUGAGAAGAGUGCUGACCUGCUCCAGAACCAACGUUAACUUCAUCACAGAGAUCUUUAGACAGGCAUUUCUCCUUCCUAUGUGUGAAGCGGCAGCGAUGCGAAAAGUGGUCCGUGUUUAUCAGGAAUGGAUCUCCAUGGAGGACAAACCAGUGUUUAUGAAGGAGCCAGAUGAGGGACAUUAUCCCACUGCCACAGGUGGCAGUCUGGAUUCAGUCUCUCAGCACGGGGACAAGGAAGACGAGGGAAUGAACAAAGAGAUUGACAGUGAAUUACUGGAGUACAGUGUUCAUGCUGGAGUUCAGACUACACUACAGGUUUUUAUCACUCACUCCUCGAAUGUGUUUCUAAUCGAGCCGGCCAACGACAUCAAGAUCCUUUUAGAGGAGCAUGUCGACAUGUGCAAGCGAGUCCUGAACAUCUACCGCAGCCUCGUUAUGCACGAGACCAUGGACAAUAAAACAUGGGAGCAGAUCUUAUUGGUGCUGCUGAGGGUGACAGAGUCAGUGAUGAAAAGACCACCGUCCAUCAUGCCUCAGGGCAAGAAGAACAACACACUGUCGGGCAGACUGGCUGGACCUAUCUUUCAGACUCUAAUAGUAGCCUGGAUUAAGGGGAAUUUGAACGUCUACAUCAGCCGGGAACUGUGGGAUGACUUGCUCUCCGUCCUGUCCUCCCUGACAUGCUGGGAGGAGCUGGUCACAGAGUGGUCUCUCACCAUGGAAACCCUCACCAAGGUGCUGGCAAGGAACCUGUAUACGGUUGAUCUCAACGAGCUGCCACUGGACAAACUCAGUGAACAAAAACAGAAGAAACAUAAAGGAAAAGGUAUCGGUUCAGAGGGCCAGCGACAGAUUGUGGAUAGUUCCUUCUCUAAAGGCUGGAGCAGAGAUCCACCAGGUCAGGCAGCAGUAAUGAGGCAGCGAAGUGCCACCACUGCCGGUUCACCAGGCAUCGAAAAGGCCAGGAGUAUCGUCCGCCAGAAGACUGUAGCCCUGCGUAGCUGUUCUACGGGGGACUCUCUGCUCUCCUCCUUUAUCCGCAGUGCUAAGAGUGCUCCUACUCUGGCUCCGCCUCUUCCUGUCCUCCACCACCACAACCCUUUACUACCCCCCCUUGCCGACCAGCUGGCAGACCUCGAGGACCCACCAAUCACACUGACAUCCCGCUCCUCUCGAAUGCGUCACUCCUCCCAGAGUGACGAGGCCCCUCCCACCUCCUGUUCUGAGGUGUUCCAAGGUGGGACUUGUGACCUGGACGCCCUGGCCCCUUCAUCCCUCGCAAGGAGCAGCAGUGCCUCUGACAUCAUGGAGCCUUUCAUUGCAGAACGUGUCAAAGGUGAAGACCCUCAAAGGGACCCCACUUCAAUCCCAAACCCCCACCAGCACCAACAACACUCAACCACUCCUUCUACACUCGCAGCCAACAGCCACACAGCUCAGCUACUUCCACACUCUCCCCCCUCCCCCUCUUCUACCCCUCUUACCUUCUCCAAUGUUGUUGUUUCCUCGAACUCAGAGGGACAAGAUGAUGGUACUGUUUACGACCAGUUCUGGCAACAGAUUGGCUCUCGAAGCCGAGGUUCUAGCUCUGAUUGGGUAAGCGAUUGGGAUUCUGCCUUCACCAUUUCAUCUGAAAAGGAAAUUUAUGCAGAAGAUGGUGAAAUGAGAGCCGGUGCAGAGGAGGAUGAUUUAUUCUCCUCUAUUAGGGACUACCUCACUCACAAAGGAGGUGAGAGAAAGGAGGAGGCUGGAGAGAGAGAAAGUCCUGGUCACACAUUAGAGAACAGUGUUACUUUACCUGCCCCAGUGCAAACCGGUGUAGCUAGAGCACAAAUAGAACCCGCAGCAAAGGUAGGAGAGGUGAGACAGGUGGUAAGAGACGACAGGCAAGGAAGUAAGUCAGUGAGACACAGCAGUGUGGAUUCAACAGAGGAGAGUGAGGCAGAGCAGCGGAGCAUCUAUGAAUGCCUGGAGCAGCAAUGUCAGUGGCCGACACCCAAUACCAGGGGAAGUGCGAGCUUAGAAAGAACCACUGUGGAGAAAAAGGGAGGAGGAAAUACAGGGAAGGCAGCAGGAUGGCACGAUACAUGUGAUGUGUCGAGGGAAACGGGAGAAAAUAAACAGAUUGUCAAAGAAGUAGCAGGAAAUGAGAGGCCAGUUUUAAUUCAACAAGAAACUAACACAAUAGAAUCUAGCCUUGAAUCAAACCAAACCAUCCAAAUUGCAGACCCAGCUAAGGUCAAGGUGCCUCGUAGUAACACCAAGAGGCUACAUUCUGGGGGUGUUCAUGUCAGCUUCAGGCCCUCAACUGAGUCGGUCCAGUUCCACAACCCCCUCGAAAGUAAAGAGGCUCACUGGAAAGCUCGAUUGCGUCGCCUCAGUCAUUUUCACACACACAGUCACUCAGCUGGGGAGAGGCCAGGGGCAGCUGCUGGGGCAGGGUCAGGGGGCAAGCCAGGAGCAGGCGGAUCAGGUAAGUUAGGCUCUGUGGCUGGGAUCAGCCAGAGAGUAGGAGCACAUGAGAAAUCUGUCUCUGGGACAGUUACUGAUGGCAGCGGGGUAGGGGGCACAGCAGGAGCUGGAGGUCUGGAAAACAGAGCCGGUAGUGGAGGGGACUAUGUGGGAUCCAGCCUGAGCUCUGAGGUUCAUUCAGAAGCACUAUCCGGUGCUUCAAGUUCCUCAGGCGUGGCAUCAGGGGUGCGUGGGCGCUUAGGACGUUCAGCCUUGCGAUCUCGAGCUUCCCGCUCCCGCUCCCAGGAGCCAGGCAGCACUUCCUCACGUCACCACCAGGGAGCCCUUCUCGGUGGCGUUUAUAAGACUGUGGUUCACGCUCUGUCCUCCAAACCCCGGCCCCGUGGUCAGGGGUCGUCCCAAGGCUCGUCGCCACAGCGGCAGAGCCGGGCUGCCAUGGGUGACGCAUCGUUAAGAGACCUCUACUCCCAUGUCCUGGGCUACUUUGGACGAAAGACGACCACGCCAGCCAAUAAAGAGGAGGUGGUCCAGAAAGCCCGCCCUGUCUCAAGUGAUGUUGGAAGCAGCAACCCAAAUUUCCCUGACCUCAUGGACGAGUUCAUCCAGGAGAGACUGAGGAGCAAAGGGACAGCAGGCCGCCGUGGCAGCAGCCCAGGAAGUUUGGAGGUCCCCAGGGACCUGCCUGAGCUCCUAGAGGCUGGUCAGAGUCCCGGAUCACGACCCUCGGAUGAUCAUCGGCCCAUUGAUGAUCCGGGUGUUCCCUCUGAGUGGACGUCACCUGCAAGUGCCAGCGGUUCUGAUGUAAUCAGCUCGGACAGCCAGUCAGACUCCUUCAAUGCCUUUCAGUACUCAGCUUGCAAGUUUGAUAAUUUUACUUUCAGCUCAGAAUCUUGUGGAGGAGGAGUUGGAACUGGGGGUGGAGGUCGGGGCAGCUCACUGGACCAGGACAGUCUGGGCGGGGGUGCAGCCAGCGAAGAACAUGAAGUAGCCAGUUUGACAACGCUUCACAUUGACUCAGAGACCAGCAGCCUCAGCCAUACUGUCACUGUUACUGGUUCUGAGAGUGCCUCUCCAAUGCAUUCUCUUGGAGGCUCUCGGUCCCAGACGCCCUCCCCCGCUACGUUGACAGCAGAGCAUGCUGAUCACACACACUCCCACUCUCACACACACCUGCAGCUGGACCAGAAGCUCCAAAAUUCUGUCCUUAAGACCCCUGAUGACCUGGAAACCAGUGAGUUUCCCAGUGAGGACUGCAGUGUGAUGGCGGGUGGUUCUUUGACUGGUUGGCACGAAGAUGUCGCCACAGUAAUGUGGCGGAGGAUGCUCGGUAUCCUGGGGGACGUCAAUAGCAUCAAAGACCCAGAGAUUCAUGCUCAGGUCUUUGACUACCUUUGUGAACUGUGGCAAAACUUGGCCAAGAUAAGAGACAAUUUGGGCAUUUCUCUGGACAACCAAUCAUCUCCACCUCCUCCUGGUCUGAUCCCUCCUCUGAGAAUUCUCACCCCAUGGCUCUUUAAGGCCACCAUGCUGACAGAGCGUUACAAGCAGGGGAAGCUUCACGCCUAUAAGCUGAUCUGCAGGAUCAUGAAGAGACGACAAGAUGUUUCCCCGAACACAGACUUUCUUACACACUUUUACAACAUCAUGCACCAAGGGCUGCUGCACCAAGACCAGGAUAUUGUGAACACCAUUAUCAAGCACUGCAGUCCCAGGUUCUUCAGUAUCGGUCUGCCAGGAGCCACCAUGCUGAUUCUGGACUUCAUCAUUGCAGCUUCUAGAGUUACAGCCUGCUCCUCACUCAAUGCUCCAAGAGUAGAGGCUCAGAUCCUCCUUGGAUCUCUUGUGUGUUUUCCCAACUUUUAUGGGGAGCUUCCAGCCCUCCAUCCCACCACAGCUGAUGUGGUUCUUACCAAGUUCCCUGAUGUCAAGGAGCACAUUAUCAAAACCAUUCUGACGUCUGCCAGGGACGAACCUUCUGCUCCUGCUAGGUGUGUGGCUCUGUGCAGUCUGGGUGUCUGGCUUUGUGAAGAGCUGGCUCACGGGACUCAACAUCCACAGAUUAAAGAUGCUCUCAACGUCCUCUGUGUCACUCUGAAGUACCCCAACAAGAAUGUAGCACUGGUGGCGUCGGACAUCCUUCACCUUCUGAUCAGUUACGUGGAUCAUCUUCAGAAAUUCCCCCCUGACACUCCAAAGAAGAUCAUAGAGAUUUUGAUUGCAACCAUCACGUACUUGCUGCCUACAACUGAGACUUCUCCUCAUGAACUUGACAAGAGGCUGGUAGUUUCCCUGCUGUUGUGUCUGUUGGACUGGGUGAUGGCUCUGUCUCCAAAGAUUCUCCUUCAGCCCGUUCAAACUCGAAGUCCUCCGGAAAGGGACCAGCCCGUCAAGACUCUGCUCAGCUGUAUUUAUAAGGUAUUGCACGGUUGUGUGUACGGAGCACAGUCCUUCAACAGUCCUAAGUAUUACCCACUGCAGCUGUCAGACCUGUUGAGUGCAGACUACGACCCGUUCCUGCCGCUAGAGAGUCUCAGAGAACCAGAGCCGCUGCAUAGCCCGGACUCAGAGCGAUCCAGCAAACUACAGCCUGUCACUGAAGUUCGUAGCCGUAUUCAGCAGGGCCUGGUUUCCAUCGCAGCUAGAACAGUUAUCACCCAUCUGGUUAACCACCUCGGGCAUUAUCCCAUGUCUGGAGGGCCGGCUACACUGUCCAGUCAGGUGUGUGAAAACCAAGACAACCCAUUCUGUGAGAGUGCUGAUCUGGGACCAGAACUUUUCCAUUCACCAAACCUGCAGUUCCUGGUUCUGAAUGGGUCCACACUGCUCUCUGUGCUUCAGAUCCGGUCGGAGUCUGGUGUACCAGGGGGAGGAAUGACAGCUGGUCUGUCCUCUGCUCCUGCUUGUGUUCGUGUGAUCAUCCGCGAUGUAGCGGGAAAACAUUCUUGGGACUCUGCUGUUCUCUACGGCCCUCCGUUGUGUUCCCCAGCCAGCCCAGCGCAUACAAUUUUAACUCACCCACAGUCAUCUCACAGUGCAAAUGAUCAGACACGCAACUCACAGGGAGGUCAGCCGAAAAAGAUGGAGGUUAAGAGAGAAGACAGCGUAGAGGAGGGGCAAGAGGAAAGAGAGGCAGAGGAGGGAGAAAGUGCGAUGGAAGGUGAACAGCAAGAGUUUCAGGCAGAGGGGGAGGAGGAAGGAGAGGAGAGGAAAGUAAGUGAGGAUGAAAAGGAAGAAGGGAGAGAUGAGGAAGAUGGGGAGCAGGAGGAGGAGGAGAAUGAGCACAGAAUGGAGGGGGAGGAGGAUCCUGGGGACACUGCCUUGGAACAAUUUCUAGCUCCGCCAUUGGCUAAACGUGUGUGUCGGGAGGCGGUGCCAGCAUGGGAUUCACUGAGAGAGGGUGAUGAUGCUCUGGAUGAAAUGCUUCAGUAUCUGGGAUACUCAAGUCCAGAGUGUCUACAGAGAGCAGGCAUGCCGCUGAACAUCCCCGCCCCUCCUCCAGCUUGUGUUUCGGAAAAGCAGGAGAACGAUGUGAUCAAUGCCAUCCUAAAGCAGAGUGCUGCCGAGAGAGAGUUCGUCUUUCAUAGAGGUGAGGAGUUAAACAUGAAGGCCUUGCAGCAGACUGAACCAGAGACCCAGGCACCACAGUCAGCCUUCUACUACUGCAGACUACUCAUCAACAUUCUGGGACUCAACUCCUGGGAGAAGAGGAGUAACUUUCAUUUGUUGAGGAAGAAUGAGAAGUUACUGAGAGAACUGAAGAACCUGGACUCACGGCAAUGCCGUGAGACCCAUAAAAUCGCAGUAUUUUACGUGGCUGAAGGCCAAGAAGACAAACACUCCAUUCUCACCAACACAACCGGCAGCCAGGACUAUGAAGACUUUGUCUCUGGAUUGGGCUGGGAGGUGGACCUCACUACUCAUUGUGGCUUCAUGGGAGGUCUCCAAAGGAAUCGCAGUACAGGCCAGACAACUCCUUACUAUGCCACUUCUACCACAGAGGUUAUCUUCCAUGUCUCCACCCGCAUGCCCCAUGACCAAGACCACAAUCUCACCAAGAAGCUGAGACACCUGGGUAAUGACGAGGUCCACAUCGUCUGGUCUGAGCACUCCAGAGACUACCGGCGAGGAAUCAUCCCCACUGAGUUUGGAGACGUACUAAUCAUCAUCUAUCCCAUGAAGAACCACAUGUACUCCAUCCAUAUUCUAAAAAAGCCUGAGGUGCCGUUCUUUGGUCCACUGUUUGACGGGGCCCUUGUGGACAUGAAGAUUUUGCCCACCAUGGUCAGAGCCACGGCGAUCAAUGCCAGUCGAGCUCUCAAGUCCCUCAUUCCUCUCUACCAGAACUUCUAUGAGGAGCGCGCUCGGUACCUAGAAACCAUCGUGCAGCACCACCAGGAGCCGACCACGUUUGAGGAUUACGCCGCUCGAGUGUACAGUCCUGCUCCCUGCAAUCACCUGCCAUCUGACACAGAGGAGCAUAGUGAUAUGUGUCUAAUGGUCCCUAAACCACUAGACAGCUUUAACCUGCUCAAGGUGAAGGGGAAAGGGCUCACACAGAAGGUCCUUCAUGCUAGCUGUGAAUGGCUCCUGCCUCGAGAUUCUUCGGGGAGAAAGUCCGGCUCUUGGGGAGGCCGGGAGCGACUCAGCGUCCCCCAUGUCUCCUCGGACUAGCAAGAGCCGCAUGUCCAUGAAGCUGCGACGCUCCUCUGGAUCGGCCAAUAAGACUUGAUGUAUCCAGGCUACUUUGUAUAAUGCUGAACAACAAAUACUCGGGGGGGGUUCCACCUCCUACCCUUACAAGGUUUAUUCAAGAGGAAUAUUUGGUCAAUCAUUGCACUUAAAUUAGUUAAGACUGUCACAAAUGUUAAAUGUUCUCUUGGCUAAAUUCGGAUAUAUAUAAUUUUCAACAGGAAAUAUGUUGGGCAGUGUUGAGGCAGAAAACAACAGAAACACCACGCGUGUCAAAAGAUUUGGACUCAUCCUCUCACCUCCAGCAUGAGGCUGUUCGGAUCAGCCACUGACCCUGAGUGAACAAAACGCUCUGUCGCACAGUUGUACUCUGAACAAAACACAAUGUUGAUAUUUCGUGGACUUCACUAUACUGUAACCUUAUUUUGAAAUUGCUCACAGCUGCUGUAUUUAUUCUCAGCUUUGCCCGCGCAAAAACCGCCAACAUUUGAUCGAGAGCUGCAGCAAGCUGCCUGUACACGCCAGUAUUACUUCAUAUUCCGUGCCAUGUUAAAGAUGGCAAAAUCUAAUUUGUGCCACAUUAAGCACUGUCUUUGGAGAGCACAUGUACUGACCCAUGAACAAAGAGCAGAGUCUCCUCAGUCUCUGUGUUUUGUUGUUACUGUGGGGAACUUGUAUAUUUGUACUAUACCGACAGAACUAUGAGUUUUGAUAAAUGAAAAUAGAAACGAGGGAUGACGGUGGAGAGUUGCAUGGAGAAAGCCAGAUAAAAGUCUAUUUUUGUUCUCUGUGCAGCAUCAGGCCUUAAAUAUAUAAAAGGCAGCGGUAGCUUUCUAUUCAGUCCUCGCAAAUUGUAAAUAGAACCUUGUUCAUUUGUUAACAAAAACUAAAAAUACAUCUUGUGGACGUAGCGCUCCCUGGCCAAAACUAUUUUCUGUUUGCAUUCAGCAGCAGAGCUCCUCUGAACUGAGAGACUGAAAGUGGCACAAACCUUUCUCUGACUGGAGAGAGAACAGCGUUACUAUGAGAAGAGUAGCAGGGAUGGAGUGAUUAUUUGUUCUUUGUAAAGAAGACAAAGGCAUUUUCUAGAGAAAGCUCAUUAAACAGCAAACACCUGCUAUUUAUUUCUGGCUCAUGCUGUAAAAUGUGGAAAAGCACUGACGUUCAUUACAUUUAUUUUAUCUUUAUUUUUUAAUUGACUGUAAACUGUGUUUUGCUCCAAACCAGAAUUUUGCUGUAUUUUUAGUCACUCUGUUGUCUGAUGCAAUGGAAUCACAGCUUCUCUUUCCUUGUUCAAGUACAUAUAUAUAUAUAUUUGUGUGAGUGUGUUUGUAUAAUAUGUGUGUGUGUAUAUAGAUAUAUAUAUAUACAUAGUAGAUAUAUGAUUAUCUAUAUGUACAGAGUGAGGAGGCUUUAUGUGUAUACUCUUUACUGUUCUGGGAGAAUAGCUGUCGAAACCUGGUUUAACCUCAGACCACAUAUAUGUUUAAAACAAGUUGACACUACACUAGAUUAUAUGCAUCAGUAGUUAAAAGCCAGUUUGCACUCCUUUCGGAAAUUAAAAGUUAAUCUCGUGGCUCAAAUACUUCACAGUUGAUAUGUCUGACCUCGACACCUCAGCCAGACUGAAGAACAAUUAAAUGAAUUUGAAUGAAUGGAUGAAUUUCUUUCUCCAAAAUGAGUAACUUUAACAUCGCAUGUAAUUAUUAUAUUAAACUGGGGCAUUUAAGGCCACGUCUCACCUGAUAAAUAUCAGUGAGAGAAGUGUUCAUUAGUAUUUAUGCUUCUUUCAGACUUGAGUUACUGAGGCCCAGUGUUUUUCUGCUGAGACAUUUUAAGGACGGAAAAGGACGAAAAUCUAAAUCUGCAAUACAGCGAUACAGCGAUACUGUAGAUAAACAGCCAAAGAGGGGAAGCAGAGAGAGCGUGUCGAAGUGUCCUCACGUAGAAUCGUUCUGUCGUCUCUUAUAUUUAGACUUGUCCCCAGGUCCAGUUCAGGGAUCAGCAUGUUAUCACAAUCCAGAAAUUUAAACUAACACUACAUAGAUAUUUUCAUGUAUUUCAUUUUCUUUUUUAAGCACUCCCUCAAUUCCACUCAACUUAAAAAAACUGACAAGUUAGAUUAGCAGAAUUGGGUGAAGUGUUGAAGCGUUCCCUGUAUAAAUUAGGUUUUAGUGGAUUUAUUAGGACUGAAUGUUCCUCCAUUAAAUUAACAUGAGGGCUUGUUUUGUUUUUCCAUAUCCUGUACAUGAAGUUCUGUAUAUGAAAAUAUAGAUGUAUGUUUUUGCAUUUUAUGUCACUGCUUGAAGAACGUGUAUCCACAGCUGUAUUUUCUGUUACUGUUUUCAUUUUUAUUAUUAUUAUUUCAGCCAUAGUGUCUCUGUAGAGAAGAAAGGGAUUGUAAAAAGUGUUUUGUGACCCCUCUAUGGGGGUUGAAACUGUUUAAAAAAAAAGAAUUUGAGGUCAAAUUUAUGUUACUUUGUGUGUGGAUAUUGGAAGUCAGCUGAGAUCGAAUAGUUUAAAAGUCGUCCCUUUUAAAUUAUUGUAUGUUACAGUUGAUAUUGCUGAGGUUUGAAGCCCCGUUGUGUUGGUCUGUUGAGUGAUCGAGCAGUGGCACGCCGGGACUGAUCUGUACAUGUCCCAGUUUGUUUGGUCACAUCCUGUUAACAACCUGAACCUGUUCACAUGAUCCAAUCCCAGGCUCUGACCCCUCCACCUAAACCACAUAGCAGCACAACACCCUGGUUAUUUACACUCCUUUUUUGUAAAAUACAGAGAGUCCUGAUGCUGAUUCAACGUCCCUUGAGAACGACGGGGACAUAUCAGACUUCAAAUCAGUUUUUCACAUUGUAAAUACUCCUGAGGAUCUCAUGUUUGGCAUGAAUCUGAAAAUAUCUGCAGCUGUACUAAACUCGGAUGUGCAUGUUUUUCCUUUUUUCUUUAAUAAAAUAAACCUGAUUAGCUGCAACCAAACGAAAACGAAAACCUUAGUUAGCCAAAGCCUGGCAGCAUAAUCAAAAAGCUCAUAUCAGCUCUCCUGAGACUCUGUGACUCAGGUUGUUAUGAUAGAAAUAUUCUCUCUGGCCCAAAUCUGAUGUCUUCAUUGAAGAGGAUAAAAAUGUCUUCUACCUGUUGGUUUUGCCAUAACAUUUCUCUCCAUUAAUAACAGUUUGGAACGUGUGUGCCUGAUGUAGAUAAAAAGGUGAAAGCUGCGAUUGAUACGGGUUCAACUGUUGUCCGCAAGUCAGUUUUGGAACAAGGCUGUUGUAUGUGACUACUGACUUAUACAUACUGCAUGACACCAGUUCAGUACCAACUGCCUGUGUUGACCAUGUUACAGCACACGUGCACGCUUGCACAUACAUACUCCGCCAUGUGUUACUGUCAAACCUGUAGUAUGUAAACGGGUGAUGUCUGUCCAGACACACGGAGAGCGUGGAUGUACAGUGAUGGAAUUUAACAAUAAAAGACUUGCACCACCCAA